UUUUUUUUUUUACUUUCAUUAUUUCACCUUCAUUACCAAGAUGAGCUCCCGAAAAGGAACGAUCCGACGUGGUCCUACCAUGAGAGGAGGUUACCGACCACCUAUAGGUAACCAGCAUCUUCCGCGACAACCUACUAUUGCUAGUCGACGACAAAGAAAUACCGAUGAAGAAGAAUUCAUUGCUCUCAAUCAAAAUUCUGGUGCACACUAUAGUGACUAUGACGAUGACGAUGACGACGAGGUUGAAAUGGAGCAUAUAGAUAUUCGAAAACACGACAACACGUCUAGGGAAAAAGAUCCAUUGGCUUAUCAACAUGGUCAAGAGACUUUUGGUGACGUCUUCAGUCAUCCUAUAGAGGAAUUCCAGGCUCAUCGAAAACGAAAAGAAGAAUACGAAGAAAGACAACGAAAAGCAAGAUCAGGCAUUAUUGAACCUUCAGUGGAUCAAACUCCCAGUGAAGAAUUUGUGGUAGUGGUACACUUUCGACAACUACGAGGAAACCAGGGGUUUGCUCUUGAUCAUGAAAAGGCUGAUCAUUUCGCAAAAAAGAUUGGCUUGACUCAAAAACAACGUAUUCAAUUCAAUGGUGUUCGGGAUACUGAUGGUUUAACUGCUUUCCUUUACAAGACUAAAGUUGACUUUUCUAUCAAGAUUCAUCAUAAGGCUGAAGUUGCUCGAAAUUCCCACCUUGAGCAUGAUUCUCAGCAUCCAACUCAUGAUCAUCAUCACUUGGAACACAAUCCUCACAACGAAACUAUCGAAUUCAACGACAAUGUCUAUGUGGAAUUUAAACCAAAACAUCAUCAUCAUGAAGAAUUACCCCAAGAGGCUACUCGUCGACCCUUCUUUCGUUACCCUGAACCUGAUCUUAGUGCCGACAUUGGCGAAGAAAAAGCUGCAUCUUGGUUGGAACUAUUCUAUGACCUUUUCUAUGUUGCUACUUUGACUCAAUUCACUCAUACCCAUGUUAUCAAAGAUUGGGCUUCACUUGGUACUUAUGCAUCUUGGUUUGUUAUUACCUGGUGGGCAUGGAUCUCUAGUUCUUUGUAUACUGCUCGAUUCGAUACGGAUGACGUGGUACAUCAUAUUUGGAAAUUGAUCGAAAUGUGUGCUGUUAUUGGUAUGGCAGGAAAUUCUGAUCACUUUUUGAAUUCACCUGGUUAUGUUUAUGGAUAUAUGGCUCUUAAAGCGGUUUUGGUGAUAGAAUAUACUAUUGUUUUUAUCGUGGCAGUGAUGAUUCGAUCCAAAUCAAAGAUACCAUUAUCAUUCUAUAUUGGAGCCAACAUUGUGUCUAUGGCAUUAUGGGGUGGAUCCUUACUGAUGCUAGAUCAAGAAAUUCAUCGACUUUUAUGGUAUCUGGGGCUUUUAGCUGAAAUAUUGGUCAACAUUAUUGUGCGUGGGGAUAAAACAUUGUCUUGGGCAGCAAGUCAUUUGGCUGAACGAUUGGGUUUAUUGACUCUAAUUGUGCUUGGUGAAAAUCUUAUGAGCUUGGUUCCAUUUGUGGCCACGUCUAGCACUGCUAUCUUGAUGAUGGUUCCAAACUUUAUGGCCGUGACGAUCAUCUUUGGCUUUUUCUUCAUGUAUUUUGAAGACUUUAACAAAGAAGUAUUUUUGCACAAUAAUUAUCAUCAAGUCUGGGUGUACCUCCAUUUCCCUCUUCAUUUACUACAAGUCGCCUUUGGUAUAUCAUUAAUUGAUACACUUCGGCUUUACAAACAACAAAUGGAAGCAGAAGGCAAACUUCCCACACUUACAACAACGGCAUCAUCGGCAAGUGGCGAUCACGGAGCAUCAGCAUCAGCAAGUGGGGAACAUGGAGCAGCAGCAUCAGCAAGUGGGGAACAUGGAGCAGCAGCAUCAGCAAGUGGGGAACAUGGAGCAGCAGCAUCAGCAUCAGCAAGUAAUGAGCAUGGAACAGCAACAUCGGCAUCCUCUCCAACGGCAUCUAGUGAUUCACAUACAUCAGCACCGGCAGCAGCACACAAACUUGCAAGACGAGCUGUGGACCAUAUUCGCGAAUUAUCGAAUCAUGACAGUUUGAGUGAUUAUAAUCCAAUGGCCAUUGAAUUACAACGGCAGCAACAGUAUCAACAGAAACAACAACGGCCUACCAGACCAUCCAUUUAUGCAGGUUACUUAACUUGGGGAAACUAUGCAGCACAUACUAUGGUCUUUACGGCAAUGCAAUUCGUCACUUCAUAUACCAGUCAAGCAGACAAUGGACUUUUGGAUCAACCUAUCAAUCAUCAUCAUUUGGCUCGACGUUCAGGAGCUGCAGAAGGGGAAGACGCUAUAUUAUCAGAUGAGGAAAAGGUUUUUGUGUACAAGACAUUUUUGAUCUUUGGUGGUGGAAUUAUCAUUAUCAACUCAUUCAUCAAAUUAUUGAAUACAAAAUUAUCGGAUAUAUAUGGAAAAGUUAUCAUUGGUACUCGUGUGAUUGUAGCUGCGAUACUAUGGUCGUUAUGCGCAGUGCCUUUUGCUCAACUAGAAGCUAUCAUCAUGCUGGCUGUUAUGCUGGGUUCCGUUAUAUUUUUAGCUUUGGUGGACCUUUUGGAUUAGAAUAGCAUUUGAUUACAUAACAACAAUACCAUAUUAGUACUUUUAUUUGUCCUUUUCAUAGUACUUAUUGCUUUCAUUUUUGAUUUAGUUAUUAUUUACCCACUUUCCGAUUAUAUAUUAAAUAAAGACGUACUAUAUACUACUAUUA